GAGGCCGGGCCUCGCCGUUCCGCUUCCGGGCCACGGGGCGGCUGAGAAGGGGCCGCUACCUCUUCCGGCCGCUUGGAGCGGAGCGAGGACAUAACAGGCAUCCAGAGCCGUGGAUGAUCAGGAAGGUGUCCAUCCCAUCUCGGUAAACCAUGGCAUAUCAGCUGUAUAGAAACACCACGCUGGGGAACAGUCUUCAGGAGAGCCUGGAUGAGCUCAUACAGUCACAGCAAAUCACACCUCAGCUGGCCCUUCAGGUGCUACUUCAGUUUGAUAAAGCUAUAAAUUCGGCACUGGCACAACGAGUCAGGAACAGAGUCAACUUCAGGGGUUCUCUGAAUACAUACAGGUUCUGUGACAACGUAUGGACAUUUGUAUUGAACGAUGUUGAAUUUAGGGAGGUCACUGAACUUGUGAAAGUGGAUAAAGUGAAAAUUGUAGCGUGCGAUGGAAAAAACACUGGUUCCAAUACUGCAGAAUGAAUAGAACUGUGGUUUGUCUGCAAUAUUUUCUGUUAAUAUGCAGCGCUUUCUGGAGAGAAGCAUGGAAAGGGACUGCACUCAUACUUAAUUCUUGUGAUGCAGAUGUGAGUUAAUCUAUACGAGAAGGUGUCACAAAAUGAUGGCAGAAGAAAUACCUGUAGCAUUUCUUCAGUUCACCUUAUAGGGCAUGAAUACAAUGUAACUUUUUAAAAAAAAUUACAACAGAUACCGUUGCCUUUUUUGUUCAAAAUAGUUUCUGUAAUAAACUUUUAUUUAAAAACUUGUGAAUGAGUGAUCAUUGGAAAAUUUUAUUUAAAAAUGAUCAUUAAUAUAAUAUAUUCUCCCAAUACUGUCCAGAUGUGUUUAAAGUAAUGUUGCAAAUGCAAAGGUCUUUCAUUUACAGGGUUCUGAGUAUGGUUGCACCGAUUAGUGUUGCAAGAAAUGGCUGUUUCGGAAUGAUGGAGGAGGACAUAAGUAAAAGUUUAGCAGCUCAUGCUGGCCAGUAUAUUUGUCUGUUACUGCAUCUUUCUAUCUAUAAAUGUGUCCAUUUGGUAAUAAUGCUAAUAACUCUGCUAAUAAUACACUAGCCCAAGUAUUAAAGUUAUCGCACAGCUAAUCAAAUUGAAAUAAUGAAACUGAGUCUCAUAAGAUUGCACUAAAUUCUCAGCAAAUCUUAGUGCUGCUUGUUUUAAUGUUUUUUUGUAUUUAUGUGGAAUACAUUUAUUUGGACACCUGGCCAACAGGACUUCAGAGGAAAAGUUGAGCUAUGAAUUUUGAGAUAUCAAAUGGAUAACUUUGUUCUUUUUAGACUUACACAUUCCACUAAAUAACUCCAAUCAAGAAACCCUUAAAAUAGUUUCUUCACUAGAAGUAUGAAUGUAAUAUACUGACAGCUCAUUUGUCUGACUUAACAGCAGUGAUUGUUCCAGUGCAGUCAUAGGAAUGCUAGCUGCCUCAGCAGUGUCAAAUGCAUUUAUUUGUGACAGUAGGCUACUUACAGACCACUAGAAACUGGAAACUGGACAGAAGAAAAGCCAGGGGAUAAUUAUUUUCAGAUCAGUCUAAAUCUUUAGGUUGUGCCAAAACGAGCAUAAUUUACAUGUUGAAACCUUUCUCUAUGUGUCAAUGGCCCAGUCUAUUAAUUAAAGUAAUAAAGCUUUAGUAUCUCUUCUAAUACCUUUCCAGACCAAUAUGUUAGGUUCUCUAAAUCCUACCUUUGGACAUCAAAGGAUACAUAUUUGGGGUUUGGUUAACUUCUGCUUCCCUUCAAGUGAGAAAGGAGUUCACAAACUUGCUUGCUAGACUGUGUAUUACGUUUACCAUUAAUUUUUUUGUCUUGGAUCUAUGCUAGAUUUUCUCUGCUGCAAACUGCAGAUUGGUAAAUAACCAUUGUUGAAACCAGAAAAACAGAUUAUUUCUCUGAUUGGAACAGCACAGUAAGUUUCUGUCAAGUCAUUAUCUUAAAGGAUGCAAACAUAUAUCCGUAGCGUGGUUUUCUUUUUCUACAUCAGACAAUCUUCUAGGUUUAAACACUUUGUUCUCUAAUAAUCAUGUCAUAAACUGAAUUUCAGCCCUUACAAGUAUAAAAGUUUGCUGUUCCUACCUCCAUCUCUUUGCAGUCUCUUUCUGCCUCUGGACAGAAACUUCUCAAUCUCCAGUUCUCUGUAGCCUUUGGACUCCCUCCUAAUGCAAAUAAGUAUAUAUCUGAUUUUGUUCCAAUGAAGUGUGCGUUAACAUAUUUACUAUGGCAUUUUUCCAUUUUAAAAAAAAAUUUAAUAGAGAGGCACAAUUGUACUGAUGAUGUGAGGUUAUUGUGUGGAAUGGAUUUAUAUUUACAUUUCACUGAUACUCCUCUAUCAGACUGCUCUUGUGUUUCAACAGUUGUGUACUACUACUUUAGCACUCCCAGGCUUAGUGCUACCUUAAUUGAAAGGAAAAUAAAUAUUUAAUUGAAAAAGAAAAUAAGGUAAUUAAUAUAUAUACUAAGAAAAAUUACAAAUGAAAGGAGAAAUAAUUUUGUUGACAACCAUGUCUGCUACAUAGUAAUCAGUGAGAUUCAAUUUGAGCUGGAACCAGAAAUUACUAUGUUCUUAUUUCAGGACAACUUUACUGACUUGUCUGAAAAAAGUAGUAGCAAUAGUCCCAUUGAAGCUCUAGAGCUGGUCCUUUGGAAGGAGAAGGUGAUGCGUAACAGUAAUACUCUGAAUGGUAUACCCUGCUUACCUGGUAGUUCCUAUUUGGUGUGAAAACAGAUUUGAAUAGUGCCUUGCCUUGUAAGGAAGCAUUUGAAAAGGAGAUGGACAUUGCGAAAUGAAUUUAAGUGCUCUGUACCUGAGUCUAACUGUACUGAAAAAAUGUGCAAAAGCUUAAGUGAUGCUGAUGUUCUUGAUCAGCUUGUUGUUUAGCCUGAGUUAAGCAAGUGGCAAAAAGUGACAGAUGAAAAAUAUAUUAAAUGUUACAGAUGCUUCUGAACUGUUCUAAGAUUUUUCCUUUUGCUAAUAAUAAUGUAGUCUUAAAGGAAAUGCACAACAGACUUUAAAGAUUUUUGGAGCAACUGGAAUGGUUGGGGACAGGAAGCAAUCUUUUCCUGGGCACAGUGAUAAUGAAGUGACUGUGUGCUGAGGGAAUCUGUGUAAUUGAGUCUGUGUGAAAGGCUAGAAAGCAUGCACAAAUGGGGACUAAGGGAAUGUUUCAGGUGAAACAGCAAACGAAUGAGUGGGCAGUCGUAGCAUAUCCUUCUGUGAUCUAGACAUUCCUCUCUCAA